AUGGAUCAGUUGACCCACGAUCACCUGGAUCUGGCGAGCAUGGGCUACAAGCAGGCAUUCUCGCGCAAGUUCAAUACAUGGAGUAUGCUCGCUUUAGCCUUCAAUAUCCUGGGUACUUGGUCAACAUUAGCGUACGACUUGGCUAGUGGCUUGGCUAACGGUGGGCCUGUCAGUAUCCUCUGGGGUUUGUGCGUCGUUACCGUGUGCAACAUUUGCGUCGCCAUAUCACUUGGCGAGCUAUGCAGCAGCAUGCCCACUACUCUGGGGCAGGCGUACUGGGUAUUUCGCCUCUGGGACCAUCCUGCGGGGCGUUUCCUCUCGUACCUCUGCGCCUGGAUCAACACAUUUGGCUGGUGGACUGCCACGGCGUCACAAGCUGCCUUUAUGACUGACUUCAUGUUCUCAAUCAAUUCAAUGGUCAAUCCUGCGUGGCGAGGCGCCAGUGGCUGGUUACUAUUUCUUGUCUACAUUGGCAUCACACUGCUAUUUACCAUCGUCAACGCGGUAGCGUGCCGCAAGGAUAAUAUUCUGCCAUGGUUCAAUAACGUCGUCGCUGUCCAAUUCGGUGCCCUUUUUAUCGCAUUCUCCCUGGCAUUCUCAAUCUCGGUCGGUAUUGACUCGAACCUGCGAUAUCAACCGGCAUCAUUUGUGUUUGGCCAGUGGCUUAAUGAAACAGGAUGGUCUAAUGGCAUUGUGUGGUUCAUCGGGCUUCGCGGCGCCGCCUAUGGCCUGUCCGCGUUUGACUGUGUUAUUCAUAUGUCAGAGGAGAUCCCAGCCCCACGGGUCAAUAUACCACGAGUACUUUAUCUCGUCGUGGUCAUCGGCGCGGUCACGGGAGCUCUCUUCAUGGUCGUCUGCUUGUUUUCCAUCCAGAAUUUAUUUUUGAUCCUAAAUCCUCCCACGGGUCUCGCCUUUACAGAGCUAGCAGUGACCACGGUGGGACUGAAGGGCGCAGUUGCGCUGAUGGUUCUGUUUGAAAUCAAUGGCAUAGGGCAGGGUGUCAGUGUCAUGACGGCCACGUCACGUCUCACAUGGGGCUUGUGUCGUGAUGGUGGUUUCCCCUGGGGCAAUUAUUUGUCACAUAUUCAUUCCUAUUGGAAUGUGCCGUUGCGAAUGCUGUGUGCUGAUGGCUUCAUUAUCGCACUGAUCGGAGUGCUCUACCUCUUUAGCCAGACAGCGCUUGAGGCUGUGGUAAGUGCCAGCACGAUCGCCCUGACUAUCUCAUAUGGGCUGCCAAUCAUCACGUUGGUUUUUGUUGGUCGUGACAAACUACCGUCGCGAAGAUUUGAUCUUGGCCGUUGGGGCUAUUUGCUCAAUUGGGUCAGCGUCGUUUACUGUUGCAUUAUCACAGUAUUUUUUUUCUUUCCAGAAACGCCAAAUCCGCCGUCCAAUGAAAUGAACUACGCGAUUGCCGCUUUCGGCAUCAUGUUGGUGGUUUCAGUGAUUCUCUGGUUCAUACAGGGCAGGAAAGUCUACUUGAAAGAGGACAGAACGAUGCAGGAGAUUAUUCGUGCCGAGAAUCUACUACCUGCGACCGAACAGCUCCGCUCUGACCAGAUCCGGUACUACCUUGAGACCGAUCGGACCAGGCUGGCGGCAUCUCGCUUGAUGGCCCUGUGGAGCUUAGAUUCUCCCGGGCAAUUGUAA